AUGACUUUUUGCCAAUGUGGCGGCGGCGCCUUUACUCUGAUGUGCUGCUACGUGGGUAACGAGGGCAUGUUCAUUUUGGCAGGCUCGAUGCAGAACGCCUUGAACCAGAGCGGCCUUGGACUGGACUUCUACCGCAACUACAAUGCUGACUUCUUCAGCCCUCAGCUCUACACUGCGAAGGUCUCGGACGUUGAUCUUUCACGUCUCCAAACUUGUGCUGAGUCCGUCAUGGUUGGCUUUGCAGAGAUUGCAGAACAGUAUUUGGCUGCUACUGGAGACAAUGAUGGCGUCACGACUGUGGGUGGAAAUCUGGUCUUGAAAUGUGAGCUGCAGGAGAAGUGGUGGGUGCCUCCAGCUUGCCGAAGCAAUCCAGGCAAUUGCAUACCGUGCACCACUGCGCAGGCUGGCUGGGGCCUGAUCCCGAUGAUUCAGCAAGCAACCUUCCACAAUAUGCCUGUUGCUUUUGCCACUGCUCGAAUCACACCGGUGGACGACUACAUCCCCCUGGGCCGUGAGUUGCAAAGCCUGAUCUACUGGUGGUUCCCUGAUACGAUGUUUGCCUUGGACAGCCCGUCAAUUGUGAUCUUUCCAGACUACAGCCCUUCUGAGCAAAAGCAGCAGAUCUAUCGUACCAUGAAGGCCAACACAAUUCUGACGAAGUGGGCUUCAGGAGGAAUUGAGACUGCCGCAGACAAACCAGUUCAUGUGGCUGAAAAGAUGAACCUGUUCAAAGACGACAUCUCCAAGCUCUUGCUCAGGUAUGUCCAGCUUGGCAACGAUCCCUGGGCCGCAGCAUGUGAGUGGUUGAAGGAGAAUGGGAAUUUGUGGGAAUCCUGGAUGCCGAACGAGACAGCCUGUACGUCUGGCAAAGGAUUGGUGGAUUCGAACAUGAACUUUAUCACCAAUCGCGCUGUUGCUGUGGGCUGUGAGACUUGUCCGGUGGGCCACUACUCCAAGGAGCAGGGCGCCACCAGGGUUUGCACACCAUGUGGACUUGGAGAGUACCAAUCGCUUCCAGGUGAAGAUGUUUGUUUGCUCUGCGACAAGGGAAGAUAUGCUGGAGAGAUGGGCACAGUGAAUUGUCAUCUUUGCCCAUUGGGAGAGUAUGCCAAUGAUACUGGCAUGUCGGAAUGUAUGGUUUGUGGUACCGGAACAGGUCAGGAAGACAAGUGGACAACGAGUCAAGCAGUGGUGGCUCAGGGUGAGGAGACUUGGAUUCAAGUGCAAGGAGCAGACAGCAUAUCUUAUUGUGGCUGCAUUGCAGGUACAUUCUUGUGGGAUGGCCUUUGCCAAGAAUGCAUCGAGGGAUCCAUCUGUGAGGGUUCCAGUAAAUUGCUGCUGCAGCCUGGAUUCUUCUCUCGCGCAACGGAGCCUGGCAUGGUUUACCGUUGCUACGGGGAGACAGUUCGCUGCCCGGGUGGAGAGCCUGGCGUCUGCGCUGAUGGUCGGGACACCACCACCAUUGCUUGCAGUGCGUGCCUCCCUGGCCUACAUGCGCGGGACGGCGUUUGCGUUGCAUGUGGUGGAGGUGACUAUGCGCUGGUGACUGUCGUGGGAAUUCUAGGAUGCAUUGGCAUUGCUGUCUUGUACGUUGUCCUCAUGAAUGAAGGGCAGAAGAGCAAGCAGCCAGGCAGCCUGCUGAUUGCUGCUUUGGGCAUGGGCCAGAUGGUGACAAUUGUGCAGCAGCUCACUGUGAUCCAGCAGUUCAAGAUCGACUGGGGUGAGCCCUUCAACAGCAUUUUGGUGGCAAUGGAGUUGAUGGCCUUCGACUUGGACAUGAUUUCCAUUUGA